AUGGUUACGGAUGAUCUUCUAAAGCAGUGCUACAUAAAGGAGACCCUCGUUGCUCUCAGUCAUAGUCCCAACCAGUUGGCAGUGAAUAAACUGACGAACACCGUGUACUUUAGUUUCGAUUCAGGUCAGGGGGAGUACAUACCAGCCGCAGUGCAAAUCGAGACUAAGAAAGUGACCGUUCUCAAAGGAAUUAAAGACGCAUUCGCCGUGACCAACGAUCCGUUGACCCACGAAAUGUAUUUCGGUGGAAGCAACGGAAUCUACAGGUAUGAUUCUGUAUUGCAGACCCUUAAGCGUCUGGCGGUGAAGAAUCUCGACAUCUGGUGGUUAUUUUUCAAGAAGAAUAUAUAUUUCAUCAGAUUUCCCAGUCUGAAUGCAUACUACUACCACGAGAGGACUGUCAAACCGAUCAGUUUCCUUAAGAAUGUCACCGUCAACCAAUUUGUUUUUGACAAUGAGGACAACUUAUUCUUUAUCAACGGCACCGGCCUUUACGGGAUCAAGAACGGUGAAAGCGAUAUCAUACUGAUGAGAGACAACCCUCGAUUCCUCGGGAUGGCCGCGAACAACAAAGGUCACGUGUACCUGUGCAGCGAGAACGAAAUAUUCGUCAUAAGUAAAAUGAUACAGAAGGUGAAGAAGAUCGUAAAUAUCCAAGGUGUGCUAGGAAUGACCUUCGACAAGGAUAACAACUUAAUCUAUUCCGACUCACGAGAAAUAAUUCGUCUGCUGCCGGUAUCCAAAAGCUUUCUCAAAUUA